AUGGAUAAAUAUAUAUCACAAAGAAGCACAGAAGAUGAAUCCAUAGCAAGAUUUCAAUUUCCAAGGAGCAAUGGUACAAAUGAUAGCUACUAUUUAAAGAGUAGAUGGUUUAAAGAUGACAACUCAUUUGAAUUACUUUUAUCUGAUACAAGAAACGUUUGGAUUUCAAAUGGUACAACAACAAAAUAUAUAGAGAAUGUUUUAAAACCAAAUGGAAUGUCAAUUGAGCAUUACGUUUCUCUAUUAAAGUCAGCAUUAGUUCAACAAGAUCUAACUGGUGAGAUUUUCACUUAUAAGCUGAGAGCAUCUUCCUCUAAAUCAUCCGGUGGAAGUAAUACUAAUGGAGGUAGCAGCAGCAGUAGUAGCAGACCAAAUAGCAUUGAACUUACCAUUAAUAUUAAAUUACAAACAUCUGAUAUCUCUGUAAAAACAUCUUUGAUCUUCUCAAGAAGUAAUGAUUCAGCAUCAUCAUUACAAGAUUAUUUUGAAUGGCUGAUAAACAAGUACGAUGCACUCGGUGAACAGAAUAAACAGUUGAAACAACAGAAUGAUACAUUACAACAAGAAUUCAACCAAUCGAUUUCUGUCAUUGAGAGACUGACAGAGGAGAAACAUCAAUUGGAAGUCGAUCUCUACAAUAAAUUCACUAUCAUACUUAAUGAGAAAAAGAAUAAGAUUAGAGAUCUAAUAAAGACUGCAAACACUUUAACUUUAUUACCACCACCACCACCACCGACAGCAUCAACAACAACAUCCACUGUAAAUAAUAAACAUAAUAAACAUAAUCAUAAUAAUAAUAGUAGUAGAUUAUCAUUAUCACCAAAUACAUCGGUUGAAAAAAAGAGAAAAUCAAUUGAAGGAAAGAGCGGUCAUCAAACAACAUCGUUGCUAAGUUUAAAUCCAAUGUCAUUAGAUCUAUUGGGCACAGAUGAUAAUGUAAAGGUACCUAAUGUUGUAAGAAAAAGAUAUAAACCGAGUAAUGAUAAGAAUUUAACGACGACGACAACAACAACAACUACUUCAAAUUAUAACCAUAAAUCAACACCAACAAAGAAACCAACAACGGGAUCAUCUAAAUUCUUUGACAACACAGGUGUUUCAGCAUCUAAUCUUUUCGAUGAACUACUUGAUGAUUGUUGA